AUGGGUCCAAAACGAAAACGUUUAUCUUCAGCUGGUACUUCAAAUACAAAAAGAACUAGCAAGAGAUUAUCGAAUAAAAAAGAUAGUACAAUUGCAACAGCAUCAUCAAACAAUGAACCAACAACAAAUUCAAAAGAUAGAAAAGAUAUAAAAAAACGUACAACAAAAACCGAAGGAAGUCAACAGGUUAAACAUAAUGUUGGUGAAGAAAUUGAAUAUGAUCCUGUUCAUAAAGGUUCAACUAGACGUGCACAAGGAAAAGUUACUAAAGUUUUAACUGGAGCUAAAAAAUCUGAUCCAUCAACAAAAGAAGUUCGAUAUGUUAUUGAAAAUGAUAAUACUGGAAAAGAAACAAUUUAUGGUCAACAUAGUGUUAAGAAGAGAGCAAAAAAAUAA